CCCACCACCACCUCUGCAUCAAUUGCAAUUCCACCAGCCCAACCACAACAAUGGCGACAAGAGCGAUACCGACAGCCUCGCUGCUCUCCCGCACAUCACGCAUCACCUCACCACAAUGCCUCCGCCUAGCAUCAACAACCCAUUCCCCGCACCACAUCACCCAUAACCACAACCAACAACAACGCCGCUCCAUCAGUGCCUAUGGCUACGAACAAUCCAAAGCCCUCACAUUCCCCUCCUACGGCGACCCCUCGAGCGUCCUCUCCCUCCACACGCACUCCAUCUCCCCGCCCCACGGCAACCAAAUGACCCUCCGCUACCUCGCGUCCCCCAUCAACCCAGCCGACAUCAACCAAAUCCAAGGCGUAUAUCCCUCAAAACCCAACUUCACGACCUCCCUCGGCACGGCCUCCCCCAUCGCCGUCGCCGGCAACGAAGGCGUCGCCGAAAUCAUCUCCCUCGGCGACGCCGCGCGGUCCGCCGGCUUCAAACGCGGCGACUGGGUCAUCAUGGCGUCCCCCGGCUUCGGCACCUGGCGCACGCACGCCUCCGCAACCCCCUCGGACGUCGUGCUGCUCUCCGACGCCGCGCGCGACGGCAUCACGCCCAUCCAAGCCGGCACCGUGAGCGUCAACCCCUGCACCGCGUACCGCAUGCUGAAGGACUUCGUGGCGCUCGACGAGGGCGACUGGUUCGUCCAGAACGGCGCGAACUCGGGCGUCGGGCGCGCGGCGAUCCAGCUCGGCCGCGCGUGGGGUCUCAGGAGCAUCAACGUCGUCCGCGCGCGGAGCGACAAGGCCGCCGAGGACGCCCUCAAGAAGGACCUCCUGGCCAUCGGCGCGGACGUCGUCGUCACGGACGAGGAGCUCCAGGCGCAAGGGUUCCGCGACAGAGUCAAGGAGGAGACGGGCGGCAAGCCGAUUCGGCUUGCGCUCAAUUGCGUGGGCGGGAAACCGGCGACCGCGAUGGCGAAGGUGCUGGCUAGUGAGGCGCAUUUUGUUACGUACGGUGCUAUGUCGAAGCAGCCGCUUACUAUCCCGGCGAGUAUGCUGAUCUUCAAGGACAUACAUUUCCAUGGGUACUGGGUGAGCAAGUGGAGUGCGAGACACCCCGAGGAGAAGAAGGCGACGGUGGAGGACGUGCUGGAUUUGACGAGGAAGGGCGCGUUUAGGGAUACGCCGGUCGAGGAGGUGAAGUGGGAGUGGGAGACUAAGGGGGAGGAGUUGAUUGCGAAGGUUAAGGAUACGCUGGAGGGGUAUCGGGAGGGGAAGGGGGUUUUUGUCUUUGGGAAGACGUAGGGGGAGAGUGUUGAUUGGGAUUGGAUGAUUUCUGUGUAUAUGUUGGAAGAUUCAAGAGAUUGAGGAUGAAGAUAGCGUAUUUACCAUCUAUCUAUAUAGAAGUGGGUUUCGGUACACCGCUACAAAAAUGCAUGACAUGAAUUAUACAUCACUAAAAGCUGCUUAACAGUGAGUGGGAC